GCCAACAAACUAUUCGGCACAGUUUUCGUUCAGCUAGUUAAAAAGUUCUACAAAAUUUAUAAUUAAAACAAGUAUUUCUUAACAAAACAAUAAAAUAAUUUGCAUAUAUCCAUCUGUAAAUAUAAACAUCUUUAUUUCUCAUAAAAGAUACAUCAAAAAAUCAAUAAAUCAACAUUAAAUAAAACAACAAAAAUUGUGCAAAAAAAAAAACUAUCAGCUGCUAAGUAAAACAAUAACAGAGAAAACAACAACAAAAAGUGAGAAUAGAUAUUUUCGGAACAAAAAAAAAACUCCAACAACAAAAAGAAAACAUUAUGAGUCACACAAAAAUAGCAUAUCGCAUAUUACCAGGUCUAAAGUGGCUUAAAGGCUAUACGGGUCAAGAUGCAAUAUCAGAUUUAAUAGCAGGUAUAACUGUAGGUCUUACAGUUCUGCCUCAGGGUUUAGCUUAUGCCACACUGGCGGGUUUGGAACCACAGUAUGGUUUAUAUUCAGCAUUUAUGGGCGGCAUUGUUUAUGCUUUUUUGGGCAGUUGCCGACAAGUGACCAUAGGUCCCACAGCUCUCUUGGCUUUAAUGACUAGUCGCCAUACAAGUUUUGGCUUGCAAUCAGGUCCUGCAUAUGCCAUAAUGUUGUGUUUAAUCUCGGGCAUAGUGGAGUUGCUAAUGGCUUUAUUAAGAUUGGGCGCUUUGGUGGAUUUGAUUUCUUUGCCCGUUACAGUGGGUUUUACUUCAGCCACAGCUGUUAUUAUUGGUACAUCACAAUUAAAGGGUCUCUUAGGCUUGCGUGGUGGUUCUGGUUCGGGUUUUGUCAACACCAUGAAAUCUGUGUUCAUGAAUUUAGAUAAAAUAAGAGUGGGCGAUUUUGCUUUGGGCAUAACUGCCAUUACGAUUUUACUAUUAUUAAGGAAACUAAAAGACUUAAAACUUAACAAUGGCCAGGCAUUCCUAAAAAGUUUUAUAUGGAUUAUAGCCACUGGUCGUAAUGCUUUAAUAGUUUUACUUGCCAGCACAAUAGCGUACUAUACUUGUGACAGUAAAGACAGCUGUCCAUUUAUAUUAACCGGCACCGUUAAGUCCGGACUUCCCGAUUUUCAAAUACCCAAAUUUGAAACUACAAUUCUAAGUGCGAAUGGCACAGAAGUCAAGCAAAACUAUCAAGAUAUGUUAGAGGAAUUGGGUCCCUCUAUGAUUGUUUUACCCAUAAUUGCUGUCUUGGGUAAUGUGGCCAUUUCGAAAGCUUUUGGUGGAGCUGGUCUCUCACCUACCAGAGAACUUGUGGGUCUUUCUUUAAGUAACAUAUUAGGUUCUUUCUUUUCAUCCAUACCCGUUACCGGUUCAUUUUCUCGCAGUGCAGUUAAUCAUGCCAGUGGUGUGAGGACCCCCAUUGGUGGUUUUUAUACUAGUGCUUUGGUAUUAUUAGCUUUGGGUCUAUUGGCUCCAUAUUUUCAAUAUAUACCCAAAGCUUCACUAAGUGCUGUUAUUAUAUCGGCUGUUAUCUUUAUGAUUGAGUUUGAGGUUAUUAAACCUUUAUGGCGUUGCAGUCGUCGUGAGUUAUUACCUGGAGCUAUAACAUUUGUCAUCAGUUUGUCGGUGGGUGUAGAAAUUGGUUUACUUUUGGGUGUGGGCACUGAUGUAGCUUUUCUAGUGUAUAGAGUAGCUCGUCCUGUUUUAGCUGUUGACAAAUUAAAGACUGCCCAUGGCAUUUCUUAUUUGCUUAUAAGACCCAAACACAGUUCUUUAUAUUUUCCUGCUACUGAAUGGGUACGUACGGGCAUUUCCAAGGCUAUAAAUACCCAUGGCUCGGCUCCUGUUAUAUUGGAUUGUUCAAAUGUUGAUGAUUUCGACUUUACUGCCGCUCGUGGCAUUGGUUCUUUAAAUAAGGAAUUGUCUAAUAUGCAUGUUCCCUUAUUUUUGCUUAAAGCUUCUAAGGAAAUUUGUGUUAUACUAAAGGAAUCUACAAAUGCUGACAUACCUACGUUAGAGAAUGCUGAUGAUUUGGAAACGUUAUUGGAACAAACACCUGACUAUGAACCCUAUUUACAAGUACUUGUACCACUUGUAAAUAAUCAGAUGACAACUGCACAACAAAUGGAACAUGAUAAAAGAAACUAAUAGGAAUCUCUGAUAAAA